AUGGCCACAGCUGUCUACAGAAAUGGAAGCCUCACUCCAGUGUCCUUGCAGGCCUUCGUGCUGGUGGGAUUUGAGGGAGGUGCAGAGACCCAGGCCCUGCUCUUUGUUGUCUUCCUUGUCCUGUAUAUGGUGACCGUCCUGGGCAACCUCACCAUGAUCGUGGUCAUCACCCUGGAUGCCCGCCUGCACUCCCCCAUGUACUUCUUCCUCAAGAACCUGUCCUUUGUCGACCUCUGCUACUCCUCUGCCAUUGCCCCCAAAGCAAUGGCCAACUUCUAUUCCUCCAAAGUCAUUGGAGUUGCUGGUUGUGCUGCACAGCUGUUUUUCUUCUCCUUUCUGGGAACAAGUGAGGCUUUACUUCUUGCUGUGAUGGCCUAUGACCGCUUCAUGGCCAUCUGCAGUCCUCUGCACUACCCAGUGACCAUGUCCUCCACAGUCUGUGCUUGCCUUGUGCUGGCUGCCUACUUUGGAGGUUGCCUCAACUCCAUUGUGGAGACCAGCCUCACUUUUCAACUUCCCUUCUGUGGCUCCAAUCACAUCGACCAUUUCUUCUGUGAUGUGCCCCCACUACUCCAGAUUGCCUGUGCCAACACCUCCGUCAAUGAGCUGGUAAUGUUUGCCAUCUGUGGUUUCAUUCUAAUGGGGGCAACAUUAGUCAUCCUGAUUUCAUAUGGCUACAUCACUGUGACCAUCCUCAGCAUGCACUCGGGAUCCAGGAGGCACAAGGUCUUCUCUACCUGUGGCUCCCAUUUGACAGCUGUGUCCUUGUUUUAUGGAACUGGGAUUGCUAUAUAUGGCCAGCCAGGAGGUUUGGCAUCUAAAGAGCAAGGCAAGGUGGUCUCCAUCUUCUACACCCUGGUCAUCCCCAUGCUCAACCCCCUCAUCUACAGUCUGCGGAACAAGGAUGUGAAGGACGCCCUGGGGAGGCUGAGACAGAGACAGAGACAGAAACAUGCAGCCAUGUAA